AAGGGCGCCCCGGCGCGCGCCGGCGCCCCGCCCACCGCGCGCCCGGCCUUGACGCACGGCCACGCGCACGGGGCGGCGGCGGGGCGCGUGGUGACGGCCGGGGGCGCGAUCCACCCCAACGGCAUCCCGGCGGCGGGCGUCCCCGGAAGCGCCGCCGAGCGCGAGGCGUGCCGCGACAUCCGCUGCGAUUUCGACGCCACGUGCGAGCUGGGGCCCGACAACUUCCCGCGCUGCUCGUGCCUCUUCGACUGCUCGGUGGCGGCGGCCGUUGGCGCCGACACCAAGCCCGUCUGCGCCUCCGACCUGCGCGUGUACCCGUCGCUGUGCGCCAUGAAGAUGGAGGGCUGCCAGCGGCAGGAGGAGCUGCGCCUGCGGCCGCUCGAGCUGUGCGAAGGUAUGGAGGUGAAGCCCUGCAACGGAGAGUCGCCGCUCGUGGACCCGGGCAGCGGCAGGGAGUUCGACUGCGGGAGUGGCCCGGGCCGCCAGGACUGCCCGCCCGACUCCUACUGCCACCAGACGCCGCACUUCGCGCGCUGCUGCAAGAAAGCAGAGAAUUCAAAUCUGAAGAACUGUGAGGACUCUUGGUUUGGUUGCUGUCCUGAUGGCAAGACCCCGGCAUUGGGUGCCGACAAUGCUGGUUGCCCCUCGCAAUGUGGAUGCAACAAAUUAGGUUCAUAUUCUGGAACAUGCGAUCCAUUGACACAGCAGUGCUCCUGCAAACCAGGUGUUGGUGGUCCAAAAUGUGAUCGAUGUGAACCAGGAUACUGGGGUCUUCCAAAAAUAUCAGAAGGUCACCAAGGAUGUAUACCAUGUGGCUGCUCCAAGUUUGGUUCUGUGAGAGACGACUGUGAACAGAUGACUGGACGAUGUGUAUGCAAGCCAGGCAUACAAGGACAAAAAUGCACAAUUUGCACUGAGCAUAACAAAAUAUUGGGCCCAAAUGGGUGCACAUCAGAUUCCACUACACCAGUUCCUACGUCAUGUUCCGAACUGACUUGCUAUUUUGGUGCAACCUGUGAAGAACAUGGAGGUCAAGCUGAAUGUGUAUGCAGGUCAACAUGUUCUGAAGAUUCAGGAAACAUGCAGGUGGUAUGUGGUAAUGAUGGAGAAACAUACGGUUCAGAGUGUCAGCUUAAAUUAUUUGCUUGUAGAUACCAGAAAGAUAUUGUUGUUCAAGCUCUUGGACCAUGUAAAGAAGAAAUGUUUACGGGUACUGAAUGGCCUAUUAAAAGAUCUACUGCUCAUCGUUACACAGAACCAGAGGAUGUUAGUUCUCCUUUGUAUAAAUCUACCAGACAUCUUCUCAUACCUGAUCCUCCAAGCAAUCGUUUCUACUACAACAGCCAUAACCAGGAAGAAACAAACAGUUUAACAUCUGCCUCUCUCCAUCACUUUGGUCCAGGGCGUAAUAAUGCUAAUGACAUAUAUUAUGCAGCAGGGUACCGUCCAACGCCGGCAACUAUCCGUGUAGUUACUGCUCUGCUGGGAGAUUUGUGCACUACUGAUAUGGAUUGUGGAGUGCGCAACAGUCGAUGUGUUGGAGGAGCUUGUUUGUGUCCAGAAGGGUUUGCGGAAACUUCAGAUCGUCAAGAAUGUUUAGCAAACUUCCAUGCUUGUAAUUCUCAACCCUGUCAUCAAGGUGGGGUGUGCCAUGAUCUUCCUCAUGGAGGUUUCCGAUGCGAAUGUCUUCAUCCUUGGGGAGGACAGACAUGUGACACUCCCGUUAUAGAGAGAGCCUAUGAUAUCCCAGCAUUUGAUGGACGAUCAUAUGUUCGGCUGAAGCGUCUCAAGGCCUAUAAUAAACUUAGCUUAGAAGUGGAGUUUAAAACUUAUGCAAAUGAUGGAAUAAUUUUGUAUAAUCAACAAAAAGCUGAUGGAACUGGUGACUUUGUUUCACUAGCAAUUGUUAAUGGUUUUGUGGAAUUCCGUUACAAUUUGGGCAAUGGGCCUGUUGUGAUAACAUCAUUAGAUAAAGUAGAAAUGAAAAAAUUUCAUCGCGUGAUUAUCAAACGUUACCAUCGGGAUGGUAUGCUUAAACUGGAUGACUUUGAAGAUGUAGCAGGACAAUCUCAAGGAACCCUCAAAGCUCUUGACUUAGCUGAAGAUGCUUUUAUUGGAUAUGUUCCCACAAAUGUUUCAAAAGUAUUUGAAAAUAUAGGUACAACAACAGGUCUCAUGGGCUGUAUUAGAAAAUUAAAAGUUGGUCGACGUCUUGUUGAGUUGCAUGAAGGUCUGGAUUCAUUAGUGGAGGAAGCAUCUGGUGUGCAUGAGUGUGGUGAAAACCCUUGUUCAAGCAUGCCAUGUCAUCAUGGAGGAACUUGUCAUGCUAUUGAUUCUGAACACUACAGAUGUGCGUGCACGGAACACUUCACUGGAAAUUACUGUGAAAGUAGAGUUAACCCUUGUUUAUCAAAUCCCUGCACAUUUGGAUCUACAUGUGAAGCUCUACCUCAAGGUGGUUUUAUGUGCAAAUGUCCACCUGGAAGGAAAGGAAAGUCAUGUCAAGAUUUGGAUGCAGAACUUCAUGAAAUAUUUGUUCCGGAUUUCUCUGGUAAUUCAUACAUAGAAUUUCCUCGCCUUGAAGGUGUUAGUCGUGCCUUUUCACUUGAAGUUUGGUUUAUGUCUCGAAUAAACGAUGGAGUUUUGAUCUAUAAUGGUCAACUUGCCAAUGGCAAGGGAGAUUUUAUAUCCUUAAAUAUUGUGAAAGGUCACGUACAAUUUCGAUUUGAUUUGGGUAGUGGAAUUGCAAAUAUAACAUCAGAAAAUGUAAUCACACCCGGGCAGUGGCAUGCAGUCAAAGUAACUAGAGUUAAUCAAGAAGGUACAUUGCAACUUGAUGAAGGUGUUAUAUCAAAAGGUUCUUCAGGUGCAUCGCUUACUGAAUUAAACUUGGAAUUACCUUUUUAUCUUGGAGGAAUUUCCUCCUUAGCAGAAAUAAAUCGUGAUGCUAAUAUUGUUUCGGGGCUAGAUGGAGCAAUACAGAGACUAAUUGUUAAUGGAUACUCUCUAGACAAUCUUGGUGAAAGACCAACUUCCAUUGGAAAUCCUCGCGCACACAACAUAAAACAGUAUCAAGGACUUCCCUGCCCUCCUGAUCCUAGCAGUAAUCCUUGUCUUAAUGGAGGAAUAUGUCAACCACUUCUGAACCUUUAUGCUUGUAAAUGCCCCUUGAAAUAUGGAGGAAAACACUGUGAAGAAUCAGUGGAUGCCUUGGACAUGGAACGUCCAAUACGAUUCACAGGAGAAACUUUCUAUCAAUAUGCAAACAAAGUUGACAAAAGCACUAACACUUCCAUAUCUACUAACGAAACACAUGUAGAAGUUGACAAUGAAACAGAUGGAAUAAAUGAGAGUGAGGAGGAGGAAGAGGAAGAAGAAGAUGAAAUGUAUAAUGAGUAUGAGAUAGAUGGAGAAGGUGAUAUGUAUGAUGAAGAUGAUGUAGAUUUCUUCAAUAAGGGAAGGAAAGGUGAACGUACAAAUCGCUAUGAAAUAACCUUCCGCACACUAGAACCCAAUGGAUUACUUCUGUGGUUAAAUAAAGGCAAAACAUUGCAAAGUGACUACUUGUCUAUAGCAAUAGUAAAUGGAUACCUUGAACUAAGUUUCAAUUUGGGAAAGCAGCAAAACCUACUCCUAGCAAAAUCAAAGGUCCAUGUUAGUGAUGGGUCCUGGCAUACAGCAUUAAUUCAUCGACGAAAACGACAUGGCUACAUCCAGGUAGAUGGAGAAAGUCCAGUACGAUGCAUUGCACAACCAGGAGCAACUGUCCUUAACACUAAUGGGAGACUAUGGCUAGGAGGAGCUCCAACUUUACCAUCAGGUCUACCUGCCCCUUAUUACAUGGGAUUCAAAGGAUGCAUAGAUAAAAUAAAAGUGUCAAGAAAACCUCUCGACAUGUUACAAAGGCUUGGAAAUGAUAGAACUCUCAUUCAAUUUUGCCAUGACAAUGAUGUUUGAUUUUGAAAAAAUGAAAAUUUGGAUCUGUUUGCAUACACUUAAAACAUUAAGAAAUGUGUUUCCUUGCACUGUGUGCAAAGUAUGUCUUUCUGAGUGUGAAAUGUUUUGAAUGAUAGUUAAAAUCAGUGCAUAUUGAAUUAUAAAACAUUAGAAUUGUGCUUGAAGGUCAUGAGUGUUUUAAAAGUUUGUGUAUGUUGUAAAAACAAGUAUAGGUGUGAAUCUGGUGGUCAAAAAGUGCUAGUGAUAAAUGUGAAAAUGGUAUGUAUGAAAAAAUAUGAAUUCAGACUGAAUUUGGAAUGUCAGCCAGGUGCUGAUCAAGAACUAUGCAGAUAUGCAAGUCAGAUAGUUUUAUUUAUAUUGGAAAUAGAUGACAGUGAAGUUUAAAUGUUGUUUGUUACCUGAAUGUGAAAUGACAUUCAGUAAAGCUCUGCUGUGCCUCGAACAUAAUAAGAAAUUUUCAAGAAAUUUUUAUUUUAAGUUUGUGUCAUUGAACAAUGCAAAAUAUAAUAGAUGUAUGGCAAGCAAGAAGAUCAAGUUGGCCUAACACUCCAUUUGUGUUACUCUUUUAAUUUAAGCAAAAUGAAUUGUGAAAAGGCAAAUCAACAUUUUGAUAAAUUUUAUACUUGGUUCUUAUACCCUCUAAUCAGUUUUGAUCUGAACCAAGAAAAUCAUUUUUAACUUGCUAAAGAUGCAAAUAGCUUCAUGAUGUUAGUGUUGUAAAUCUUGUAACACAUGUAUUUGCAAAUUAACUUGAAAAUCUGUAUGAACAAUAUGUGCAAUGUUUGUACACAUUUCAAUUUUUGAGAUUACUGGAAACAAUACAGCUUUAGUCAUGCUCAUAUCAAUGUGACCAAUUUCCAUGUAUGUAUUCAAUUCCAAGUGUUCUGUUAGGAGAGUUCAUUGGACAGUUUUUAAAUUUUAUAUGGAUGGUUCAGCUAACAUUAUUUAAAUAUUUUCCUUUUAGUAUGCUAAUUGUGUAUUAUCAAACCAUUUACCUUGGUGAAUCACUUAACGAUUACUAAUACUUAGGUCGAAUCAAAAUGCAAUCUCCAAACAAGCAUUUAUUACUUAAAUUCAAAAAUAAAAGCUGAAUAAGAUGAAAUUUUAAAAUUAACAUAUCAAUGUAAAAAGGAAAAUAAAAUUAUUGAUAAUAUGUAUAUGAACAUAUCAAUUAACAGAACAAUGAGCAGACAAGCAGACUGCAACUUGCACAUAAAUCAACAUACUAUAAGGUAAAAAUUAUAUAUUAUUUUAGAUCAUGGAAAAAAAUUGUAUAUUAAGUUAUGUAAUACUAUGCAGCAAGAAUGAAUUGACACAGUCAUGUAUUACAUAACUGCCAAAGGUAAGAACUUUGGCAAAGAACAAAGAUGUAAAGUACGUUAUUGCCAACAUUGUAGGUACCUGUAAAUAAAAUAAUGUAAAUUGGAUGUAAGAUCUUUAUAGCUUACAGUGUCUGAUACAAUAAAAGCCAAUUUAUUUACAGCAAUAUGACGAUAAAACAUAACAACUGUAUGUAAAAUGAAAAAUUGACAUAUUAUUAAAAUGUGUUCCAAAGUAUUAAUGAAAGAAAGGCAUCUCAAACUGAUUUAAUUACAAUAAAAAAUGAAAGACUCCA